AUGACGGAAGACAACAACCGUACUGGCGGCCACAACGAGGGCCAUAGGGACGGUCACAACGACGACCAUAACAGCGACCAUAACGACAGUCGCCAUGAUGACAGCGGUCGCCCUCCACGAUCGCCUGAGCUACUACCUUUCACUGAAGUCGUUAUGCAGGCUCUAAUGCCCGAUCGGCCUCCCCCGCAAAUUGAAAAAUUCGACGGAACAAUAGACCCCGAACACCAUCUCCGGAAUUUCGUCGACUCCAUGGCCUUCUACUCCAAAAGUGAUCCAGUCAAGUGCACAGCUUUCUCCCUGUCCCUGAAAGGUGAAGCUCUAGAAUGGUAUUACACUCUUCCUCCCAAUUCUAUUGACAAUUUUCAUACUGUCACCACUCUAUUCAAAAGGCAGUUUUCAGCCAACCGGAGGGAGAGGAUGUCUGCCGCCGAACUCGUCAAUCUCAAACAAGGGAGGGACGAGCCAUUGAGAACAUUCAUGCGUAGAUAUUCUGAGGCGGCCAGAAGAGUGAAAGGUGUCACCCAUGAAUUCAUCAUCAACAACCUGCCCAACUGUCUAAAACCGGGACAUGUUUCAGAAAGCCUGUACGCUAAAUUACCGAAGACGAUGGAGGAAUUACAGGAAAAGAUGGCCAAGUUCAUUAAAAUGGAAGAUCAGAUACACUACCGCAAGAAGCUUGAGGCCCCCAUAACUGAAGCUAAACGCGAGGACCAACGACCGCAUGAUAAGGGUCGUAAUCGAAAGCCUCUACGAGGAGGCCCUCCAGUUCCGCUCGGUCCCUGCUACGAUCACUACGCACGCCUCACAGUUCUGAGGGAGAAAGUGUUCGAGAAAGCCCUCCAAACCAACCUGAUCACCGUUCGCAGACGACACUCGCCCAGGGGUGCGGACGAAUCCAAAACCUGUCGGUUUCAUGACAACCGAGGGCACUCUACAGAAGGCUGUCAGAGCCUUAAGGAUGAAAUCGAAAGAUUAAUCUGUGCCGGAUAUCUACGGGAGUUUGUCAAAGUAUAG